AUGGCUUCAUCCGCUGCCACGUCUGCCACGAGAGCAGCGUUGCGCCAGGCCAAAGGGGCACUUCGAAAAUCCAUGGCGAGUAGGCUGAGGGGUAUGAGCGAGGAGGAGGUCAAGAGUGAAUGUGAGUUUGUCGCGUAGCUUCUCAGUGACGCCCUCCCCGUCUCCACAAGUCACAAGUUGGCCCCCCUCCCCCGUCUUUUACCCCGCACCGCACCUCUCGCGCCCCCCCUCCCCUCAGCAUCUCGCGUCACGCUGCGAAUCUUGGGCUCCUCCACAUGGGCCUCGUCCAGCUCCGUCGGCAUCUACCUAUCCACCUCUGGCGAGGUAG